AUAAAUGUUUUCUUGGAGCCUUAAGGAUGGAAACCACAGGAAUGACUGGUGUGUCGCUGAAACGUGGGUCCCUUGCUGUGGAAGAUAAUGACAGUCUGGCUCCUGGAGAGGAGGUAAAAAGGCAGAAAGUCUCAGAAUGCUGCCUUCGCAAAGGUCAGGACGGGCUAGAAGGUGACUCCGUGCCCAGCGCUGAGAGCGUGCCUGCGGCACCGGAAGCUGUAAGUGCGGGGGAUGGUAAGGACAAUUCUGACGCUCUGCUGGAGGAUGAGGAAGAGGAGGACGAUGGCCUUUCCGAGGAAGCUGAGGAAGAGGAGGAAGUGGAAAGCUUUGCAGACAUGAUGAAGCAUGGACUCACAGAACUUGAUGUAGGCAUCACCAAGUUUGUCAGUUCCCAUCAAGGUUUCUCAGGCAUCUUGAAAGAGAGGUACUCUGACUUUGUUGUUCAUGAAAUAGGAAAAGAUGGACGGAUCAGCCACUUGGAUGACUUGUCUGUUCCGGUGGAUGAUGAGGAUCCCUCCGAAGAGGUAUUUACCGUUUUGACAGCCGAAGAAAAGCAGCGCUUGGAAGAGCUCCAGCUUUUUAAAAAUAAGGAAACCAGUGUUGCUAUUGAGGUCAUAGAGGACACCAAAGAGAAAAGAACCGUCAUCCAUCAAGCUAUUAAAUCUCUAUUUCCAGGAUUAGAGACAAAAACAGAGGAUAGAGAGGGGAAGAAGUAUAUCGUAGCCUACCAUGCAGCUGGAAAGAAGGCUUUAGCUAAUCCAAGAAAACAUUCUUGGCCGAAAUCUAGGGGAAAUUACUGCCACUUUGUAUUAUACAAGGAAAACAAGGACACCAUGGAUGCUAUUAACGUGCUGUCCAAAUAUCUAAGAGUGAAGCCAAACAUAUUCUCCUAUAUGGGAACCAAAGAUAAAAGGGCUAUAACUGUUCAGGAGAUUGCUGUGCUCAAAAUAACUGCUCAAAGACUUGCCCACUUGAACAAGUGUUUGAUGAACUUUAAACUUGGGAAUUUCAGCUACCAGAAAAACCCUUUGAAAUUGGGAGAACUUCAAGGAAAUCAUUUCACUGUUGUUCUCAGAAAUAUAACAGGAACUGAUGAGCAAGUGCAGCAAGCCAUGCACUCUCUCAAGGAGAUUGGAUUUAUUAACUACUAUGGAAUGCAAAGAUUUGGAACGACAGCUGUCCCUACAUAUCAAGUCGGAAGAGCUAUACUACAAAAUUCCUGGGCUGAAGUCAUGGAUUUAAUAUUGAAACCCCGUUCUGGAGCUGAAAAGGGGUACUUGGUCAAGUGCAGAGAAGAAUGGGCAAAGACCAAAGACCCAGCUGCUGCCCUCAAAAAACUACCUGUCAAAAGGUGUGUGGAAGGGCAGCUGCUUCGAGGACUUUCAAAAUAUGGAAUGAAGAAUAUAGUCUCUGCAUUUGGCAUAAUACCAAGAAAUAACCGCUUGAUGUAUAUCCAUAGCUACCAGAGUUAUGUCUGGAAUAACAUGGUGAGCAAGAGGAUAGAAGAGUACGGGCUGAAGCCUGUUCCGGGGGACCUGGUUCUCAAAGGAGCCACAGCCACCUAUAUUGAGGAAGAUGAUGUUAGCAACUACUCCAUCCAUGAUGUGGUCAUGCCCUUGCCUGGUUUCGAUGUUAUCUACCCGAAGCAUAAAAUUAGUGAAGCCUACAGGGAAAUGCUCACAGCAGACAGUCUUGAUAUUGACAACAUGAGACACAAAAUCCGAGAUUACUCCUUGUCAGGAGCCUACCGGAAGAUCAUUAUUCGUCCUCAGAAUGUUAGCUGGGAAGUUGUUGCAUAUGAUGAUCCGAAAAUCCCACUCUUCAACACAGAUGUAGACAACCUAGAAGGGAAGCCACCCCCAGUUUUUGUUUCUGAAGGCAAAUACAAGGCUCUCAAGAUGGAUUUCUCGCUUCCUCCUUCCACGUAUGCUACCAUGGCCAUCCGAGAAGUGCUGAAAAUGGACACGAGCAUCAAAAACCAGACUCAGCUCAACACGACGUGGCUCCGCUGAGCACCGUGUCCACCAGUUAGAGAACGGUGUUGCUAACAGGCUCCCUGCUAAUUUUUUUCUUAGGACUGACUUAUGUGGGUUUUGAAUCUUUAUAGUAAAAGAUUAUUUGUAUAUUU